AUGUCAAAAGGUAUCCUGCUUGGUGAUAAGUUUCCGGAUUUCCAAGCCGAGACCAACGAAAACUUCAUUUCAAGUUUCCAUAAUUGGAUUGGCAAAGACAAUUGGGCAAUACUAUUUUCUCACCCACGAGAUUUCACUCCAGUUUGCACCACGGAGCUUGCUAGGCUAGUUCAACUAGCGGCGGAAUUCAAAAAACGAAAUGUAAAGCUGAUUGGUUUAAGUUGUGACUCGGCACAGUCGCAUCGUGAAUGGGCCAAUGAUAUCAUCGGACUGUGUAAAAUGAAGUCUGGUGACUGCGGAAGCAAACUGCCAUUUCCGAUAAUAGCAGAUGAGAACCGUUCUCUAGCCAACAAACUGGGAAUGAUGGAUCCGGAAGAGCGUGAUGAAAAGAACGCUGCGUUAACCGCACGUUGUCUGUUCAUAAUUGGACCUGAUAAAACGCUGAAGCUUUCUAUCUUAUAUCCUGCAACAACGGGACGGAAUUUUGAUGAAAUCCUACGCGUUGUCGAUUCGCUUCAACUUACAGCAGUUAAACGAGUAGCAACACCUGUCGACUGGAAGAGUGGUGAUGAUUGUGUCGUGUUACCAACGAUUGAUGACAACGAGGCAAAGAAGUUGUUUGGUGAAAAGAUAAACACCGUUGAACUGCCAUCUGGAAAACGUUACCUUCGCAUGGUUACGCAUCCAAAAUAA